AUGGGAGAGGAAAAGAAGCUUGAAGAGAAGUUAAAGGAGGUGGGAUCCAAGCUGGAAGCACUUCCUUCUACUAAAGAUGGUGUUAUUAAGCUGUUAAAGGGUUUGUUGCAUGGGAAACUGUUUUGUAAGAAGGGCGUAAAGCAAGCUGGUGCUUGUCUUUCUGAGAUGGAUCAAUCACCACCGGCUUCAGUGUCAGAGUCAAUGCAGCCUUUUCUUGAUGCAAUCGUAAAGCCAGAAUUGUUGAAGCAUCAAGAUAGGGAUGUUAAGCUUCUAGUUGCAACCUGUAUUUGCGAGAUAACCCGGAUUACUGCACCUGAAGCUCCUUACAGUGAUGAUGUUUUAAAGGAUAUUUUCUACUUGAUCGUUGGCACAUUUGGUGGGUUAAGUGACACUGGCGGUCCAUCAUUUGGAAGGAGAGUUGUUAUUUUGGAGACUCUUGCCAAAUACAGAUCAUGUGUUGUGAUGCUGGAUCUUGAAUGUAAUGAUCUGGUGAAUAAGAUGUUCAGUACAUUUUUUACUGUUGCCAGUGAUGACCAUCAAGAAAGUGUAUUAUCUUCAAUGCAAACAAUAAUGGUUCUUCUCAUAGAAGAAAGUGAAGAUGUCAGAGAGGAUCUUCUACUUGUUAUCUUAUCUGUAUUAGGUCGUAAUAGAAGUGAUAUCUCGUUGGCAGGGAGGAAACUUGCCUUGAAUGUUAUAGAGCAUUGUGCCGGGAAACUUGAAGCUGGCAUAAAGCAGUUCCUCAUAUCAUCAAUGUCAGGAGAUAGCAGGUUGACCAAUGGUAAAAUUGACUACCAUGAAGUUAUCUAUGAUAUUUACUGUUGUGCUCCUCAGAUCCUAUCAGGAGUCGUUCCAUACCUCACGGGAGAGCUGCUGACUGAUCAGCUAGACACCCGUUUAAAAGCAGUGGGCUUGGUUGGGGAUCUAUUUGCCUUGCCUGGUUCUGCCAUCACAGAAGGAUUUCAGCCGAUUUUUUCAGAGUUUUUGAAAAGAUUGACUGAUAGAGUAGUUUCUGUCCGGAUGUGUGUCCUUGAACGUGUCAAAAGCUGUCUUUUGUCAAAUCCUUUCCGAGCUGAGGCAGCUCAAAUGAUCUCUGCCCUUUGUGACCGACUGUUGGACUAUGAUGAGAAUGUUCGAAAGCAAGUUGUUAAUGUAAUCUGUGAUGUAGCAUGUCAUGCCUUGAAUUCCAUCCCUGUUGAAACCAUAAAACAAGUUGCAGAGCGUCUUCGAGACAAAUCUCAACUUGUUAAAAGAUAUACUAUGGAGAGACUGGCUGAUAUAUUCAGGGUUUAUUGUCUAAAGUCCUCUGAUGGUUCUGUCAAUCCUGGUGAAUUUGAUUGGAUUCCUGGAAGGAUUUUGAGAUGUUUAUCAGAUACAAUUGAAUUUGUUCUUUGUGGUUCUCUGUUUCCAACUGAGUUUGGAGUAAAAGAUAGAAUUAAACAUUGGGUAAGUGUCUUCUCUGUAUUAGACAAAGUUGAGGUGAAAGCUCUCGAGAAGAUACUGGAGCAGAAGCAAAGGGGAUUUCCUCUUGGAUUGCAGGUUACAGCAAGAGAUGCAGAGGAUGGAGAUGCCCCUGAGAUCCAAAAAAAGGUUCUGUUCUGCUUUCGGAUUAUGUCUCGCUCCUUUGCAGAGCCUGCCAAAGCCGAGGAGAAUUAUCAGAUACUUGAUCAAUUGAAAGAUGCCAAUAUCUGGAAGAUUUUAACAAAUCUACUCGAUCCAAACACUAGCUUCCGUCAAGCUUGCACUGGUCGGGAUGAUUUACUUAAAAUACUUGGCGAGAAACACCGACUGUAUGAUUUUUUGAGCAGUCUCUACAUGAAGUGUUCUUACUUACUUUUCAACAAGGAGCAUGUGAAAGAAAUUCUUUUGGAUGUCAAAACACAUAACUCUGCUGGAAAUAUGCAACUUACCAAAUCUUGUAUGGAUAUACUGGUGAUUCUUGCACGCUUCAGUCCAUUGCUUCUUGGUGGUUCAGGGGAAGAGCUUAUGAAUUUUCUAAAAGAUGACAAUGAAAUAAUAAAAGAAGGUGCUUUGCAUGUUUUGGCAAAGGCUGGUGGUACAAUCCGAGAACAACUUGGGGAGUCAUCAAGUUCAAUUGACCUUAUAUUGGAGAGGCUUUGCUUAGAAGGUAGUCGAAGUCAGGCCAAGUAUGCUGUGCAUGCCCUAGCAGCAAUAACAAAGGAUGAUGGGCUCAAGUCCCUUUCUGUUUUAUACAAGAGACUUGUGGAUAUGUUGGACGAGAAGAGACAUUUGCCUGCUGUGCUACAAUCUCUUGGAUGCAUAGCACAGACUGCAAUGCCAGUUUUUGAAACUAGGGAAAAUGAAAUUGAAGAAUUCAUCAAGAGCAAAAUUCUGGAAUGCAGCAGUAAAUCAGAAGAUAAUGCAAAAGCAUGCUGGGAUGACAGAAGUGAACUUUGUUUGUUGAAGGUAGUUGGAGUUUUCCUUAUCUUUGCCAUCCCUUUGAAGAUUAAAAAUAAUGGUCUUAAUAUCAGUAUUUUACUCGAUAAUAUGAUAUAUGGAAUCAAGACGUUGGUCAAGAGCUACUUGCCAGUUAAAGAUGUACAACUUCGUCGUGGUAUUGACAACCUUCUGGAAAUCCUUAGAAACAUACUUCUUUCUGGAGAGAUAUCGAAAGAUAUUGAAUCAAGUUCAGUUGAUAAGGCCCACUUGAGGCUUGCAUCUGCGAAGGCAGUUCUUCGUUUGUCAAAGCAUUGGGAUCAGAAGAUACCUGUUGAUCUCUUCCACUUAACUUUGAGGACACCAGAGAUUGCUUUCCCUCAAGCUAGGAAAAUAUUUCUGACUAAAGUUCACCAAUACAUCAAGGACCGAGUUCUGGAUGCAAAGUAUGCUUGUGCUUUCUUCUUCAAUACCACAGGAUCCAAGUCCCUUGAUUUUGAAGAGCAGGAGAAGCAGAAUCUUGCUGAUAUCAUUCAGAUGCACCAGCAAACAAAGACACGACAAAUCUCUGUGCAAACUGAUGCAAAUCCCUUGGCAGUUUAUCCUGAAUACAUUCUCCCCUAUUUGGUCAAUUUUCUUGCUCAUCAAUCAUGUCCUAAUGUAAAUGAGUGCAAGGAUGUUCAAGCAUUUGAACCUAUAUACCGGCAAUUAUACUUGAUCCUUUCUAUGCUGGUGCGUAAAGAUGAAGGUGUUAAGUUGGAAGCUGGUGCCAACAAGCAGAAGGAGAAGGAUAAGGAGAAGGAGAAGGAGAAGGAGAAAGAGAAGGAUACGGAUACGGAUAAGGAGAAGGAGAAGGAGAAGGAGAAGGAGAGCGACAAUGAAAAAGACAAAGAGACUAACUCUCUAAUAGUUUCCAUCUUUCAGAGUAUCAACUGCUCGGAAGAUGUCGUCGAUCGUGAGAAGUCAAAGAAUUCACAUGCUAUCUCUGAACUUGGGCUGUCAAUCAUCAAGCGCUUAGCUCAAAAGGAGGAUCAUUUACAAAGCUUACGCUCACCGGUUUCUUUGCCUCCAAUGCUGUACAAAACAUAUGAAUAUAAAGCAGGCGAAGAUGCUCUGGCAAAUGAAGGGAAAGUAUGGUUGGCUGAUGAAAGUGUCUUGAGUCACUUUGACUCACUUAAGUUCGAAACUGAUGGAACGGCUAGUUCAGAUAUUGCCAGGGAUGAGGGUCAAAAUGACAGUGAAAGAGAAGCUAAUGAAGUGACACUCGGGAAAAUGAUAAAGCAAUUAAAAUCUAAGGGAAAUAAAGGUGGACAAACUAAAAAGAACAAGUCUUCAUCAGCUAAAGUGAAAGAUGCUGAAAAUGAUGUUGAUAUAUUGAAGAUGGUCAGGGAUAUAAAUUUGGAUAAUCUGGGACCUUCUAAUAAGUUUGAGUCAAGCAAUGGACACCAAGAUCUAAGUGAGAAGACAAAGUCAGAAUCAGAGCAUCAAAAAGUGAAAAAAGGAAACAUUAGUGAUGUGUCACCUGUGCCAGUACCUAAACGCAGAAGAUCAUUAUCUGCUCAUAGUGCUUCUAGAUUGCCUCGAAGUCCUUUAAAGACUCCUUCAAGAGCUUCAGAGGAUGAUUCAAGCCCAGAUUUGAAAGGGAAAAAGUCCAAGGCUGAGAGCACUGGAUCUGAAUUGGUGGUUCAAAAGAAGAAAAAGGUCACAUCCAAGCUUAAGGGAAAAAGCUCUAAGUUGGGUGACAAUGGCAGGGAAAAUGAAGUUGGAGAAUCUGAUGAAGAUAAUCCGGUGAAACCUGGUGUGCUGAUGGAGACUGAUAGCAUCAAUACAACUAAUAGUCCCCAGUCUUUGACUAGUUCUAUGAAGAAGCGGAAAAGAAGAAGUGUAGCAGGGUUGGCCAAGUGCACAACGAAGAAAAGUGGCAUUGAUAUCGAGGAUAUAAUUGGUUACAGAAUAAAAGUAUGGUGGCCCAUGGAUAAGAAGUUUUAUGGAGGCACUGUCAAGUCUUAUGAUCCUUUAAAAAGGAAACAUGUGAUAUUGUAUGAUGAUGGAGACAUAGAAGUACUCCGUUUGGAUAAAGAGCGUUGGGAGCUCGUUGACAAUGGCCCCAAGCGCACAAAGAAACGAACUCCAACCAAAAACUUGAAACGUGUACUUAAAGAGCCAAAGGACAAAGUGGAUUCUGAUGUAUCAAGCCCUGAACACACCAUGGCAUCUGAAGGAGAUAAGUUGAAAUUAGGUGAAGAUGAUUCUGAAGGGGAUCACGCUGAAAGGGUGUCCCAGGGCAUGACAGAUGUGGAGGAAUCUGAUAAGGAAGUGGUGUCAAAUUCUGAAGGUAAACACUUGGAAGACACAGAGGAAAGAUCAAAUCAUUCUGAGGAAUCUGAUGGAGAAGAGAAAUCCAAUUUUGAAGCUGAAGUUUCCGAAGAUAUGGAAAGCAUACCACAAGAUGAUAAAAAAGGUGAUGCCGGAGAGGAAUCCCAUUCAGAAGAGAAGGAAGUGGAUGAAUCAAGUGAAGCUUUGGGAGUGGAUGCUGAUGAAGACAAAUCAGAUUCUGAAGGAAAUAAAGAUGCAGAUGUCAGGAAACCUAGCAGAAAGCCGAAGAAGCGCCAUAGUAAAUCAUCAGAUCCUGUCAAUGCUGAAGAUGCUGAAAUCUCUGACGAUGAACCUCUUGUACUUGCCUCUAACCCCCUGUUUAGUUUAUGCAUUAUGAUGUUGUGCUAUAUAAAGAUUCUAAGUUCACUCUUGUUUAAUGCAGAGCAAGUGGAGGCAUAA